CAAUAUGUCACAGAAAGUAGAUUUUUUGAAAGAUCUGGAAAUAUUGAACAGCCCAAAUCUAGAUCACGGAUCUGCAGAUUGUGGACGCUUGGCUUUGGAUUUACUGACAAAAGUUCCUGGAGCUAGAGAUACGUGCCUUGAGGCCUUAUUUCGAUUCUUUUUGAAGACAGCUCAAAUACAUAUUGCCAAUAGUGCAAUACUCGGGGCUUCUGACAUCAAAAAGCAAUUGAAAUCAUCGUCCGCUGAAGUAGAAGAAAUUUGCACGGGUGCCACCGAUUGCUUAAAAAGUCAAAUGAGUAAGUCUCCGAAGACUUGGCUAAGAGUACUGUUGAAGUGGAGUGCACAGCUCCUUACUACAAUGGCCGUACAGUCGAGAGCAUCUGGAGCCGGUUACUUCUCUGCUCCAAUUGAAGAUACUGUAAGUGCUUGGUUGUUACAAUGUGCACCCAGUCAUGCAGCUAUGACUUUAUUGGAUGCCUGCGUUGCGCAAGUGUGCCAGAAGAACCCCAUCAUAUCGACAGAAGAAGUUAUCACGCAAAUCAUGGGGUUGGUCAAAGAUAAUCUACCAAAUGCAGAAUGGAUUGUGGCCCAUCUAGGAAUGAACCAUCCUGAGCUGAUUUUGCCAGCAGUGGUCGAUCUGUCUUUGAAACAAAUUCACGAGCAAUGUGACUCAUUCGGGCUACCCGCCAACAUGAAACACAGCGCGACAGUAACUGCUGGCUUGAAAUUGAACUUCGUUGAAUCCGUUGCUUACAUUGCGAAGUUUCAUCGACGAAUGGUCCAGCAGAAAAUGGUGUCACCUCUGAAAAAUGCUAUCCUAGCAUUAAAAACCAGGUACUCUCUUCUCUGUGUCGACUAUCUGAUGUUCACUUGCGAUAAAUUACCCGAUUUUUCUGGAUGUAUUCUGGAAUAUCUGGCGGAAAUACUCGACAUAGAAUUGCUAGAUAAGACCAUGCAAACGUUGGACAAAGGCAUUGAGCAUGUCGACCAAGCGUCGAUUGAUGCUCUAACAAACCAAGCGGUUUCAUUACUGAUGAAAAAUGGACCGAGUUCAUUGAAGUUGUUCAAGUUUUUACUGGAGACUCAUUGCAAGACAGUUUCGAAAAGACUGUCGAAAAAGUUCCACGUACACAUUCAUAAUUUGCUGCAUUACUGGUUAUUGGAGCUACAAAGAGUGGCACAGUCGAGAUACUUUUCCUACAAGUUGUCAUUGACUGAUCAGCUUUUCAUAAUGGAACUCAUUGAAAAUUUUGAGUUCUUAUCCGAAUUGUAUUGGUACAUGCUGAUUCACGAGCAGACAUUUUUUGUAAGGUUUUACAUCAGGACUCUUUGCCUAGCCGAGGGCGACGUCUUUGCUGCUAAGUUCAUUCUGCAUUUGAUGAGUCAUGAAUACUACCGGAGCUUCAAAAUUAUGGAAAUAUUGGCCAUAGUUAAAGAAAUAGGACUUGCAUUGCCCAACAUCCAUACUUUAAUCAUCCGUAAAAUUUCGCUUACUUUACCAUCAGAAUCGAGUAUUGCGUCUGUUUACUUGAAAAGUUUGGUUUAUUUGUUUUCUUUACGUACUGAUGAAGCUGACUAUCACCACACGAAAUUCGCGAAAGCAGUGACUGAAAAGUAUCCGCAAAUUGCCAAGUUCAUUGCUUAUCCUAACUUAGCGGUGAAUAGGACUGCUUUGCAGUUUCUGAGUGCGGUCAAAAUAAAUUCUAUUAUUGAUGAAGCUGGCACAAUUUAUAAAAUAAAUUCGUACUUGAUUGCAUUUAUUUUGAACGUAAUGCAGAGAGAAUCAAAUUGUGCGAAGCGCGAAGCCAGUGAAAAGUUGAUGCAAAGAUACUUGAAAUCCUUGUGUGGAGUUUUGUCGACAGAUGGUCUGGAAGCUUUCAGGCAGCUGUUUGUAACCAGUUUGUUCAAGAUGUCAGUGUCAGAUGCUCAGUGUCGGUUAUUUGGAGGCACUUCUGGCAAAACGAAAGAGGAGGAUCCCAGUACGUACAUUAGUUUAUUACAACAAAAUCGAUACAUAAAUAGGACGAAGUGCUCUUCAACUCCAUUGCCACUGUUGCGCGCCAAUAAUUUGAAGCAAAUACAGAUUGAUGAAAAUAAUAACAAUGAAAACACUUGGAAAGCUGAAAAUAACAUAUCGUUCAUAAUCGGUUUAGUAACAGUAGUUGCGGGUAAGGAUUUCACUGAUACAAAGGAAGAACCAUCGAAUCAAUCGUCUGCAUUGUUGGAUCACAAUACCAUGGCUUGUCUUGCAAAGGCAGUUGCUGAGUUUGCAUGUGGUCAAACCGCGUAUACUGUAAACCAGUGGGGAGAUUUGACAUUGGAAAGGCCAUAUUUGGACAGGAACAUCAAGUUAUUCAACCUCUUCGAUAACAAUCCAAUCCUCUGGGCUCUUGUGGACUUACUGGCUCAAGCUAGACCCAUGCUAUGCCAUAUCUUAUCCGUACUAUCUUCUCUUCUGCAUGUGAUAAUCACGUUUUGGGAAUCAAAUCGCAGUCCAGACACAGAAAGAAAUGCUAAAAAUCUAUUCUACUCGAAGCGUCUUCUAGCUAUGAUGGAGGAAUCGCAGUUUAUUCCGAAACAACUGGCUAUUCUGCAGAAUACGUUCGAAGAUAUCUCGCCUUUUGAGCUGGCGUCUAUUUUGACCAUAUGCUGGAGAUAUGUACAGCAUUGCAAAUUGCAUAGCAUCUGUUCUCUGCUUUGUUUGUGGCUAGUGUUUGGUGCCUAUUUUCCGUGGCUACGUGACCGUGAGGCGACAAUUCGUCGCAAGCGACGAUUGGUCGCUAGCGACUAUUCGCAGCAUUUUUAAAAGGCGACAACUCGCACCAAGCGUCAAUUCGUAGCAAGCGACAAUUAGCAGCACGAUUUAUUGCCAAUUAGGGGAUUACCAAACUAUGCGAGUUGAGCAACAUGUUUUGCGGUGUUUGUGGGGGAUCAAAAUUCAACGGGCGAUCAGACUUUUCAAUUUAGCACCGGUUUUGAAUUAAAUACCAAAUUGAAAUGAAUUAGCAGUAAAGAUAGAGUAAUUAAACGUUAGUAGCAUCUAAAACACAUUUGUUUCGAUUCAUUCGUUUCAAGUUCUUCUUGCAAAUCAUUACACUUUUUGAUACCAAUAUGCCUAUAAAUUUUGUCAUGAGCGCGAGCGAGGAAAACAGCAACUUGUCCACGAUGGAGAAACUCUCAACUUAAAUCGCCUUAACAGAAUAACUGACAAAUCCAGCUGGUGAUGUGUCAAGAAACCGUUGCCGCCAUCGAAGAUGAAAUAGUCAGCACAUCUGAAAAACAUGGUCACGAAAACAUUCCAAAACUUUGACACGUGCGCGAACUUCAACUUUCAAAAUUAAGAAUUUUCCAAUUUUUUUUUGAAAACAUUAAAAUAGCAUGAAUGCAAGGCGUGCGUUUCUGUGGGGGAAAACUGGCCACACCCAUUGGAAAAAUAUAUGUAUAUAUAUAAUCGCUCAA